AUGCUGCCCAGCUCCCUGUUUAGCACCUAUCAGCAAUACAAGGAAGACACCGACUCGACAAAGGGAAGAGGCCGCUUGAAAGGAAAGGCUAGAAGGGAUGCUAAGGAACAGAAAACCUACAUCCCAACUCCUCACACUAUUCAGAAGUACGUCAUUGCUGUCAAGGACUUUAUCCCUCUGGCUAAAUUCAUGCUCGCUUCGAACCACUCAUCUCAGUUUGGCGCUCAACUGAUCGACCAUGGGAUGAAACCAAGCACCAAAUCGGAUGCCACUCAUUACGUCUUCGUCGGGAUUCUGGAAAAGGCUAGAGAUGUCCUCAGGCCUCGUAUGCCUGCUGGAACUAAAUCUUUUUCCUCCUUUGAGGACUUGGGUAAUCGUUUCAGCGGUCUCAAAAUUUACGAACCCUCCCCAGAGUUGCUAGAUUUCACUGAUAUCGAGCGUCCCAAGAACGCACAGGGAGAUGACACCAUUUACGAGGCCGAACCUAAGACAUCGCUUGAAGAUGCGCUAUCCAAUUACCGAGAUGGAUAUUUUGAUCUCGCCAACGCUGCUGUUUCCACAAAUACUGGGAUCAAUCUGGCACGCAAUCUUACUGACCAAAUCCUCCCAAUUAUAAAGGAUCACGGUAGUGCCUGCACUAUUUUGGAGAAGUUCUCUUUUGUCUGUGCCAGGCGGGAUGGGCUUUCAGAGGACGAUAUUGUUGCAUGGGGCCCAGCUGUUGAAAAUGAAGAUAUUAUGAGUGAUCGAUCGUCCAGGAAAGGCCCAGCCAAGUUCAAGGAGGAUCAGAUCUUCCUAUCAGAAUUCUUCACCGAGGCCGUCACGCUCGCUCGGCUCGCUCCUAACUAUCCGGUUGAAGACGAGUUCAUUCGAGGAAUCCGGGAGUUGGAUAUGAAUGGAAACAUUCCGUUUCACCUUGUCUACGCCUCCCAAUUCCUCUCAGACGUUCAUCACAUUAUCAGAGAUCACAUAUCCAGUGCACUAGACAGUCUACUCAAGCACACCACUACGAUGGACAGUGAGCUCAGCAGCCAUAUCGACUUUCACGGGAAUUUGAAAAUUGAAAACUGGCCUGCUUCGAAUGAGGGCGCUCUCUGCGAGUUUAACCAGUCCUUACAAUGGUUCGCUCAGGAUCUAGGGGUUGGGAGCCUAGCCAUGAAAUCCGAAAGAGACCGUAUACUUGUUCACUCCCCUAUACUCUGCGGGCUUAUGUUAUACCACUUUCGAGCUAAGAUGUGUACUUUUGGUAUUGCCAUCACGAACGCCUGGGGCUCAAUUACGUACUCUGCACAUCUGCACAGCUACCUGAAUCACUUUCUUCUGCAAAUAGGCUACUCUGCUUCAGCUUUUGCUGCUGGUGGAGACCGGCUACUACAGAGGCCUGGGAGACACCACGACCUGGCCUCUCGUGCCGGGCCAUGUGGCAUUAAGGAUGGCGCUCCAAUUGACCUGUCGCCCCAGCAUGUUGAGCAGAUCACCUCGCGCAGUAGGUUCCAGGAAAAAGGAUCAGAGAAAAACAGCAUUCUCAUGCUUACUCUAAUCGAUGAUCGAGACGAGCUGAGGAAGAAGCGCCAACCGAAACAGUGUAAGAAGAUGACUGGAGUCCAGUGGCCUCCAGGAGAGCUUUUGAGAUCUCUAGUUUUGGCCUUGGGAUGGUGUUGGAAGUUCCUGCGUCAUGUCAAAGAGGCCUGUGAUUUCACCUUGAAGCAGCUCGAACUACCGUUUGCUACAAGUUACAUAUUCAUGGCUGCAAGCGAUGAACAAGAGGGAAAGGAGGAUUUCCUGAUGCUGGCUGCUGCCAAGGUGUUCAAUGUUAUGAUAGAAGGUGGGGCAGGGGAAUUGGUGCUUGGAGUCUUUGCUACUGAGGAUGACUCUGACGCCAGUGGCAGUGCAGAUGAGGCAGAAACGUAG